UUUUAAAUUUAUUAUUUUCCUGCAACAAAUGAAAGAACUACAUUGGAUGAUGGACUACCCAAUAUACAUCAACAUAAGCCAAUCAAUAUAAAACGACUAUGUUAGACCUUGGGGGUAUCUGGCAGUCAUAUCUGUCUAUCAUAAUCAUCAUCAGUAUCUAUGUGGAAUUACUUUAUCUCAAACUUCCAGUGUAGACGAUAUAAGAUGUAUUGUGUUGUGACAUUGUUAUAUCUGUUUUUGUUUUGUUGGCUUCGUAUUUGUGUUCUCCAGGGAGCCCCGACAUGCUCCGAAGUGGUGAAGGCCUGCAACUGGCCGGCUCUGCAUGACACCAAAUGGGAGAUGGACAAGUGCUGCGAGCUGUUCCAGCCGAUCUACACCAACUACGGUCUUUGCUUCGCGUUUAACAGCCUACCUCUCAAUGCCAUGAACAACGACACGUUAGCUUGGCAUAAAACCUUUGACGAGAAUGCAAAAGCAACGGAGUUGCAAUGGGGUCUGGACAUCGGGUACCCGAAGGUGUUCCCUCCAGACCUGACAAUGAAGCCGCUAAGGGUCAUGGCUUCUGGAGAAGCUAACGGCUUGGGAGUUGAGCUGUUCCUCAAUAAUUCUGAACAUCAGUACGCUUGUGAAGGGAAAAGCUUGGGAUUUACAAUCUUGAUCAGUUCUCCAACGGACCACGUGUACACGAGCACAGUCCUCCGCCUCCCAAUGGACAGGAUGACCACCAUAGAAGUCACCCCCUUAACGUACAAGACCGACUUCUCUCUCCGCUCCCUCGCCCCUUACAGAAGACAGUGCUUCUUCCAGAGCGAGAAGAGCUUGCAGUAUUACGAGUUCUAUACGGAUAGUAACUGCAAACAUGAUCUGUUGGUGCAGGAAGCGAGGAAGAAGUGUGAUUGUGUGCUUUUUAACUGGCCUAGGAAAUUCAUCUGGGAGCCUGUCUGUACUACGAAGGAUGACUACAAUUGCAUUAGCAGCGUUGAAGCAAAAGUAGAAGAACAGCUGAUCUACGCGUACUACGCAGAGAGUGAAGACGAGCGCGGUACUCAACAAGAGUCCAAGUCCUGUCACCCUUCGUGCAAUGACGUCAUCUACGCCAGUCAGGUGUUCUACUCCGAUCUGACCAAAGACAUGGAGACAAGCUCGCAUAAGUGGAGCCAGUUGAGGCUUGGAGAAGUGACGCAGAUCAACGUUCACUUCUACGACGAUAUGUUCCUCGGUCAACAUCGUCAUGCGCAAUAUGAUGAUUAUUAUUUCAUUGGUGCAAUCGGUGGCCUUCUCAGCUUAUUCCUGGGCUUCAGUAUCAUCAGCGUUGCAGAACUCAUCUACUUUGUAUUGCUCAAACCUGUUUAUGUUAUUUUCAGGGAGUUAAAUCAAAAUUAGCACGUGUAUCUUUGGUCUGGUCACAAAUAAAGUUUGGUUCAUGAA